GUAGAAUAAUGACAAAUAACAGCAGCAACCGAGGAUGUUUUAUGUCAUGCAUUAAUCCAAAAUUAUAUGAAUUUCUACAUUACUCACUACCACUAACACGACACUUUUUACUGCUGCCUGCAGGUGGCGCUACCAUCGUUAAGGUAUUUUAUUGAGAUACCAUAAAAGAAGAACAUGUGUGCCUCGCUUCAAAUUAAAUAAAAAUAUAUUGGUCUAUUAGUAUAUACUAUAGAGAGGCAACGAUGGAACCUGUCAACAAACCCGGAAAACGGAGACGUGGGAAAUGUAAAAAUAGGAAACUUGUCCACAAAGCUCCCCCAGACGGGAACAUGUGUCCAGCUGUUGCUGUUGGCAGCCCAGAGAAGCUGGAUGGCAGUGUGAGCAGACAGGGUCUGUCAGCGCUUCACAUGGCCUGCCUUUACGGCCAGCUGGCUACUGUUCAGCUCCUGGUGGAGUCCACGCAGGGGUGGAUUAACAGCAGCGAUCUCCAGGGUCGCCGGCCUGUUCACAUGGUCCUGUCCUCCCGGAGCUCACCCAACACCUCCUUGUGCCUCAAAUACCUGCUGGAGCACGGGGCUGACGUCAACGUCAGUACCACAGAUUCAGGGACGAGCCCGCUGCACCUGGCUGCCUCUGAAGGCCUCCUGGACUGCACAGAGAUCCUCUUGCAGGCUGGAGCAGAUGUCUUGGCCCAGGACAACAUGGGACUCACGCCUCUGGAUUUGGCCCGCAUUUUGUGCCGCAGGAAGGUGGCAAGGUAUCUGAAAAGCUACAUGUGGCAGACAGAUAAGAAGAAAGAAAUGCAGGAGAGGAAGCUAGUUCAAACUUUAUACAGUGAUCUUGUGGAUAUGGUCAAACUGAAUAAGCUCAAUAAAAAGACACUUAUAGAUGAGAAGAUGGCAGAAUGGGCAAACAAAAAAGGUUUUCCUCUCCUGAAGGAUUUCUCCCCCAGAGUCUGGGUGAGCCAGUACCACACCCAGUGCCUCCCAUCAGAUCAGAACAGUUCUAAACCAAAACAUGCCAAGCACCCAUUGAAGCACCAGCCAGAAGUUCCUCUGGAGGACAAGAGCACCUCCACUAAGCAGCCUCCAACCUCAUCCUCCAGACCCUGGACCAUCUUCCUGGGCCUCCAGCCAGAGAAACCCCUCAGAGAGCCGGACCUCCGAGGGAAUGUCAUGGUGUGGAGGGACAGCAGCAGCAGGCAGCCUCAGUACACCACCAAGUGGGACAGCACAUGUCGCCCCACCCCUGACGUGCCUCUGGAUAUCCUCGAGAGGGUGUUGUUUCCCAGAGCAUUCCCUUCCAGGAUCGCCUCCCCACGGUACUUUCAGCCACAGAACAUUGUGGAGGUCCAGCACAGAGGAUACCCCCAGGGGCGGAGCACCUCCCCCUGGACAGAGGUGGCCAUGCACCUGGCUGAGGUGCUGGAGCCUGGACAUUACUGA